CUCUGCUGAAAACACAGGGCUAAAGUCAGACGUUAUUUUUUCAUGAAUGCUUCUUUUUAUUAUAUACUCUUUAAUAUACUGCAGCAGCUCUGUGUAGUACUGCCUGGUACAGGGCAGAUGUCUGAGAAGGUGCGCUGACCUGCAGACUGAAAAAACAUCAUGAAGCUGAAGGGUACAAAAUGCCAAAGGAACUCUUACAAACAUUGCCACAGUGUAAUGAAAACCUUACAAAGGAUGUAACAAAAGUUGAUUGAAAAACAGGAAGAAAACUUUGACAAUUCGUUCAUCACCUGCAAUAUGUCAGUGCAAGAUUCAUCACCGGCAAUGAAAGACAAAAAGCUGUUUCUUUGCAGUGAUGUAACUGAGGCUGAGAAUGUAGAGCGGGUUGAUCCUGAAGAUUAUCCAUGUGAGCUUAAACCUUCAACUUUUGAGAAAGAUGAAGAUGAGCUCCAUGCAUUCCCACCAAAUCAGACAGACGAGAGAAAGUCUGAAUGUACUGAAUAUGAGAAAAGAUCACGUAAUCAGUCAAUAUUUAAUAAAUGUAACUUCAAGAAACAGCAGGUUUCCAUAUUUAAGAAAUGCUUCAAAAAGUCUACAACAAACAAAUAUGUGGAAUCUAGCCAUAGUGAAAAUGUUGAUAUACAGCUCAAUAAAACUUUAUACCAAUGGCAGCUCCCCAAGAGAGAGGAUCUGACUAGUACCAAACCUGCGGAACAUUCAGCUACUAAAAGUAGCCUUACUGAACACCAGUCUUUUCACACAGAUACAAAUAAUGAUAGACAUCACCACGAUAAGGAUACUGGGUUCAUAAAAGAGUCUGAAAUUCUCUGUCUCCCAAUUUGUGAUGUAGGGAAACAGUUUCAGUGCCCUGACUGUUGGAAAAGUUUCAGACUAAAGUCAAGUCUUAAUAAACAUCUAUGGGUACACUCUGAAAAGAAUCCUUAUACGUGUACUGAGUGUGCAAAGAGUUUUAUAGAUAAAACUCAUUUCACUGAGCACCUGCGCAUUCAUACAGGGGAGAAACCUUUCAGUUGUACUGUGUGUGGGAAGGGUUUCAGAUGCAAAUCGAAUUUAACUAGACACCAAUGGGUCCAUUCAGAAACAAAGCCAUAUAUAUGCAAUGAAUGUCAGAAAACAUUCACAGAUAAAACAAGAUUUGCUGAUCACCAGCGGAUUCAUACUGGGGAGAAGCCAUUUCGAUGUAUGGAAUGUGGGCUGACCUUUAGACAACGUUCAAGUCUUAGUGGACAUUUGUGGAUUCAUGCAAAAAAGAAUCCUUAUGCAUGCAUUAAAUGUAGAAAGAGCUUUGUAGAUUUGGAGGAGCUAAACAGUCACCAGAACAUUCACAAGGAAAGACCUUUUCAGUGUACACACUGUGAGAAGAGUUUUCGACACAAAUCAAGUCUUACAGGGCAUCAGCAAGUUCAUACAGAGAAGAUAUAUGUAUGCACUUAUUGUGAGAAGGGCUACAUAACAAAAUCUGAGCUUCUCAACCAUCAGUGGAUUCAUACAGGAGAGAAGCGUUUUAAAUGUACUGAAUGUGAAAAACGAUUUUCAAGCAAGUCUUGUCUAAAUCGGCAUUUGCAGAUCCAUACUGGUGAAAAGCCAUUUGUAUGUACUGAGUGCGGCAAAAGUUUUAUUCAGAAGGCAGAACUUACUACCCAUCAGACUGUGCACACAGGAGAAAAGCCUUUCCAGUGCAGUGACUGUGGUAGGGCUUUUAAAAGAAAACAACAUCUUACUGUACACAAGUCAAUACACACAGGAGAGAAACCCUUCAGCUGUGCAGACUGUGGGAAAUGUUUUAGGAUAAAAAUAAAUCUUGCUACGCAUCGAAUGAUUCACACAGGAGAGAAACCGUUUAAAUGCACAAUAUGUGAUAGGGCUUUUGCAGGUCAGUCAGACCUUCGAAGGCAUCUUCUUGUUCACACAGAUGAAACACCAUACUGGUGUACUGAAUGUGGGAAAGGUUUUAAGAGAAAACAACUUAUUACUAAACAUAUGUUAUGUCAUACAAAUGAGAAUCAGAUAAAUAUAGUUUCUGUCAUACUUAACUAAAGACACUUUACAAACUGAAUUGUCGUGUACCCUGUAUUUGAAGAGUCAUCACAUACCUACACAAAGCUACUAGAUACUGCAAAUACCAUAGCAUACAUGAAGGCGAAAUCAUUGAAAUAACAAACUUAAAAUUGUCAUAGAGCAAAGUGUUUAUUUUGGAGUGUUUAACUGCAUCUGUUUUGUGGAGUGUGAGACACCAAGGUAGCUCAGCAGAAGAAACACAACUAAAUUUACAUUGCAAUUUGACAUUUUUCUUCACUGUUAAUAAUAUUUUUGAGCAAUGUGGCAUAAAGCUAACAAAUAUUAAAAUAAAGAGGUAUGGUGCUAGAAAGGUUAUUAACUGAGAAAAAAUUAAAAUAAACAUGUAAACAAAAUAUAACUUUAACUUUAGGUUAAUGUUGAUCAUUUUUAUUCAAAUUAUUCCUACCCAUUUUGCAAACCAAUGAACUUACCCCAAGUGCUUUCUUCAUAAAGACUCAAUUUACACCUUUGAGCAGAGAGAUUAAUUUGCAAAUAUUUCAUUUCAACUGGGAAAAAAAGCAGCAAAAAGUAUUUGGGCAGUAUAAAUGUCCAUCUAAUUGCUGGAAAAAAAACAACCAAGAUAGAACUAGGUAGGCAGUAAACAGGCAAGACUCUUACAGAUAGAAGGGAACCAUCUGCAAGGAUUUUUGGAGAAAAAAAUGCUAACAGAGUACAGUUCGAGAAGGCAUGAUAGGAUAGUGGUGACAAAGAGCAAAAGGAGGCAAUUCUAAUCAUUUGUUUAACUGUGCUGUUGGGUUAACUUGUAUUGUGCAUGUUUUUUUUUUUUUUGGGGGGGGGAAUAUCUACGCGAUGUAUAAGUUCAGUGAUGCAUCUUAACAUAAUCAGACUAAUAGGCAUGUAACAGAUAUAUGCAUAUUGAUUUACUGCCCAAACAUGAGGAUUUUAUGAUCAGAUUAACUCUAAUUCUAAGAUAUGUACAAAAUCAAUGAUAUUUCUCCUCAUUCUUCAGUAGUAUAACUUUCCUUUAGUGGUCUUGAUUGGUUUAGUGCAGGUAGCUUUGUCAGUCAAUCAAUGCCAUACUUCACAUUUCUUGUGAACAUGAUGGAGUUUUGUCUAUAGUCAGGGUCAUGUUAGACAUUAGUUUCCUGAUGAGGAAGGAUGUAUUUUGCCAUAGACAGGGACUGAGGUACAGAACGUUUCCCUAAGAUAAAUUUAGGUACAGGUGCAUGCACCUGCUUACCUGAAGUUGAGUGAAGCUGAGAUCUAGGGGGGAAGUAACAGUUAAGGUAUCAUAACAUUUAGUUUUAGUACUAAAUUUGCUGUAUAGUAGUUACAUUUUGUUAAGUACCAAAUAACCUUAACAUGAAACAGUUCAACAGAGAAUAACAAUCUCCUUUAUUGCACAGAAAGACACAUACCUGGGAGACUAGGAAAUCAAGAUCCUGUUGUCUUGAGCUACAAAAAAAUCAUCAACCUUCAUACCCUUUUCAUUAAAGGCAACAUUACUGUAACAAUUAUAAAACUGCCAUGACCAAUUAGAAAUCAACACUACAACAUUAAUUUUGCCAAGAUCUCCUGACUGCUUGUUUAUGACAUUCCAUAUUAGGCAUGAGUUCCGAAUUUCAUGAUAAAAUAUUCUAAUAGGAACAAAUCUUAUUCUUUUAUAACCCUGCUAAUAUAUUCAGGAAGACGUAAGCUCACAGAUACAUACUGAAGGAUACUCUCAAUAUUUA